AUGGCACCGUUCCGCCUCCCACUCCCCCGUCCUAUCAAACUCCGAGAGUGUCGCUGCUGGCUAUCCAGUCCUUACCCUACGCUUACCACGUAGCGACUCUUUCGAUACUGGACUUGGGAUGGCGGCAAUACGUCACUUGUACUUUGAUUAUGCAUUGAUAGAGGAUGCCAACAUCCAGACGACUACAAGUCAACCGCCGACGCCGGCCCCUCCAGCAUCAUCGUCUCUCGCCUCCACACCACCCAUCACGAUGUUCACUAUGGCCGCGCUGCCGACUACGUCCACGACCACGACCAUGAGAGGAACAACAGGAACUACCACGGCGGUAGCUUCUCAUACCUCAGCGUCUUCAUCGAGCGCUUCAAGUUGCAGCAACUGCCUCCGUGCUAUUGAAAUAGCCGCGCCGUGUGUCAUUAGUGCCCUGUUGGCUGCUGGCAUUAUUUUCUACCUGAAAUCACGCAGGGCCAAGGCCAAGAAAGAGGAUAACCGUGUAGCGCCGUUCACCGACAUGCCGAGCGCGCCAUUACCCUCGAUACCCGCUGCUGAGCGGAAGGCACGCAUGCGGGCGGCACAGUCUUGGGUAUUAGGGGUACAUACAGAGGCGCAUUUUAGUGACCGUCCUUCAGUAAGGGAUGGGUUGCUCUCCGAGGGUUCUUCAGGUGUCGGUAGGGAAUCUCCGACUUGUGGUGGUGGGAGUGAAGAGUCCGACGAAAUACAUAUAAAUGAUCGCGCUCGUUCUGCAGCCUCAGGUGUGGGUCCCUCCGCGCCUCUGUCAGAUACUGUUGUUGCCCUGCAGAGCAGCCCCACACAAUCUCAUAGUGCUUAUGGACCCCCGCCUAGCUACAGGUAGCACGGAGUUAAACAACCCAGCCCCUUGACUUCUUUCGGCAUACCUCGUCC